AGGGACAGCCAAGUUGCCAGGGUGAAGGGAGGAAUUGCUCAAAAUUUCCGUCAUUUAUUAAAGCAGCUGCCCCGGGAGGGCGGUGCUCACCCCUGAAUUACUCCCACAUACUCCUGAAUAUCCCUGGAGUGCCCUGAGCCCCUCAAACUGACGCGGAAACCCUCAAUAAUACCAAAAGGAGAGCAGUGUCCAGCACUUUUGAGUUUUGUGAUUCACCGAGUGAGAGAAAGAAAAACUAUUCCCAUCUCGGAGGCGUUUAUGUGUCUUUUUCCAUCAUGUCGAGAGAGUACGACCACCUGUUCAAGUUGCUCAUCAUAGGGGACUCGGGUGUGGGAAAAAGCUCUCUCCUGCUGAGAUUUGCAGACAACACCUUCACAGGGAACUACAUCACCACCAUCGGCGUCGACUUCAAGAUCCGGACGUUAGAGGUGGAUGGAGAGCGCGUCAAGCUACAGAUUUGGGACACAGCCGGCCAGGAGCGCUUCCGAACCAUCACAUCUACAUACUACCGAGGCACACAUGGGGUGAUUGUGGUGUACGAUGUCACCAAUGGAGAGAGUUUUGCCAAUGUCAAGCGCUGGCUGCAUGAGAUCGAGCAAAACUGUGAAGUUGUCAACAGGAUACUUGUGGGAAACAAGAAUGACUGUCCAGACCGCAAAGUUGUUCUGUAUGAAGACGCCAAACGCUUUGCAGACCAGAUGACCAUCAGCCUCUUUGAAACCAGUGCAAAAGACAAUAUUAAUGUAGAGGAGAUGUUCACAGUGAUGACCAAGAUGGUUCUCCAAACAAAGAAGGAGCAGAAGGACCGCCAGAUGGAAACAAACGACCCACUUCGCCUACAUAACAAUAAAACACACAAAAGAAAACCAAAAUGCUGCUAGCAAACACACACCAGGUAGAGAGUUGCUGAGAGAACCAAGCGGUGUUGCAUGAGGCACAGUACAGCACAGCACACACCACCUAUGCCAGCGGGAGGAAUUGGUCACCCACCCACCCAUGAGCCCCAGUGGCAUGAGCACCUGUCAUUUGCCGAAGGAUCCGAAUGCAUAUAAGAAGACAGACUUUCAAUUUAGUCUUAUAAGAGUUUCGCGUUAAUGGAGGCACCCGCCUGCCCGUGUGAGUCCGUGCGAGCAUGUCAGAAUGCAUGUGAUUAUGUAAGUUAAGGUUCAGCUUUUUAUAUCGAUGGCCCAUUUCAAAAUUUGCGUCUUUCUUGAAUCAAGUAAAAAAAAAAAAGGUGUCUGUGGUGGUCCUGUAGUGGGACUUUGCUACUUCCCCAAAAUCUAUAAGCAUUUCAUUGGGCUUCAGCAGUAUUGGGUUUGUGGAGUUGAUUUAUAUUGUGCUGCAUUCAUUGGUCUGUCUAGAAUGGAGCUGUCAUAGAGAUUGCAUUAUUUGUCAUUGACAUACAGAAUAAUUAGUAUUUAUGGUGUUAUGAUUUAUUUUGUUUGAAAGAGAGAGGAAGAGAAAGAGUAAAAGGGAGAGAGAGAAGCACAUAAAUUCAGAAUAACAUGCUGGACUGAAGUAUUCAGCAUCUCAAAUGUAUCUCCAUUCCUGCCUUGAUUCUAUACCAUAACUGAUGAUAUAUUGAUGCUGUACAAACUCCAUGCUUUCCCAAAUUUCUGUGCAUGUUGGUCUGUCAGGGGAGAUGGGAGCAUAAUCCUGCUUUCCUCACUGGUCCUUGCUUGUCACAGGAGGGAAACACAUGGCUGCCACAUUUUCAGAAAACUGAAGGGAAAGAUGUGUGAAUCACAUACUGAUCUACAAUUGGGAUAAGCUAUUUUCGUAGUGUAUGUGUAAGGAAAUAGGUUGUAUCAUACAUAAGGAGUUGAUAAUGUGUUGGCUGCACCAGAGACCAUAAGAUGCCCUAUUUUGCUAGAGAGAGAGAGAGAGAGAGAGAGAGAGAUAGUGGAAGGCAGCAAGCUAACAGCAAUCAGUGUGUUUGCCAGGGAUAGAUAAUCUUAAACUGUUAUUUUACUAUUUCUCUUAUUGCUUUAUUUCUAUAUUGCACAAAAUGAUAGUUGUGUUUACCUAAGAAAUCAUUCAGCUGGACUUUUCCCUUAAACUCUUGACUGGGUGUUGUGUAUACGUACAUCAGAAGACUUCCGUAUGCUGCCUUAUUAGCCAAGCAAAAUAAUAGACAGGUGGAUCAAUAUCUGGGUUGAGGCUUCCAUCACCCUCACAUUUCAUAUAAGCACCUGCAACAAACUCUGUGCUUUAAUUAGACAGGUUCUCAUGCAGGCAUUUCAUAAGUUGGUAAAUGGCACUCAUGUGCAAGUCUUUUCUGGUGUAGCAUGAAGGACCCCCAAUGGGACCAUUUUUAUUGCCUGUUGUAGUUCAGAAACGUCUUGGGAACAACUAGGUUUGUGCUUCAAGUUCUUGGCCAAUCAUGUCUUUGUUGCUUUGCCAUCAGUAGUAAUUUCAGCUCAUGUUUGUGGAGAUUGAAUUUGUCUAGGUUCCGAGUGGAGUGUAUGUUGUCAGAGGCUGUGUAUGUUUGUGUUCUGUUGCCUCUGUCUUGGCUUGUCAUCCUCAUCAACACAAUAAUUUCUCUAUCCUGUUGAUCUGUCAUGUUGAACUUACUCAGUCUUCUUUACAUACAUUAUUUGUUUUGAUAUCAAACUAUAAAUGUAUUGUUCCAUGCAACAAGAAAUGACAUUUAGUCAUUCCUACAUCUUGCCCCCAUACAGACACAUUCCCCAUUGGUCUGUGCACCUCACCUUCCAUAGAAACAUAUCAAGUAUAUUCAGUAAGUUCUCUCUAUUACCAUUUGCCCUACAAAUUUAUUAGAGGAAAGGUUGUCAAUGUUAGAGAGGACUUGGAGCCUUUUUAGUAUUUCCUCACCUUAUCUUUAGGAAGAAUACAUAUAUUUUCCAUUUUCCAGCUGCUUUUGCAGUACUCCAUACUUUAUGUGCAUCAGCCAACAAAGCCUCUUCUCACUCACAACCUGGAAAAAUCAAGAAAGGCUGAAGAUAAGCAAGCAUGGGAAUGUAGUUACAAUGUAUAUGUGAAGGGAGGUCAGUCAUCACUUGUGUUUGAUGAUAUACACACACAGUUUCACUCACCUCUUUCAUACACAUUCAGAAUCCCCUUUUAACAAUGAAUAGUACACAUCUGUAUUUAGAAUCAUCACCCCUCCCCUCAUCCUGGCAUGUGUAUUGUUGAUCUUGACAGACUGUUGAUCCCUGUAGCCAUAUUUCAAAAUGUUAUCCCCCCAUUGAACAUUUUAAGAGUCAGUCCGUUACACAUCAUCCCUGCACACAAUACAUGGAGGUGUUGUACGUACAGUAGAGGUAGUCAUUAGCUGAACUGGUAACUGGUUAUAACACAACCCAUCGUACUACAUACCUGACUUGUUGUAGUUGUCAUUCUCAUCAUUAAUCCCGUGAUACUUAGAUACACUAAUGUAUUUGAAUGUAAGAAGAAAAGACGUUUUAGAUCUCGGCUUUAUUAUUUUUUGUGUGCGUGAAUGUGUGUGUGUGUGUGUGUGUGUGUGUGUGUGUGUGUGUGUUUUACUGCGUCUGUUUGGUAGGUAGAGAGAGAGGUUGUAAAGUAAUGAGCAGAUCACCUCUCCACAGUUGUCAGCUCAAAUACUCAAUUCAGAUGUACACUAAAUGUUAGCACCUAAUGCUGAAUGACCAGCCAGCCAUAUUUUUUAUUAUUUUCUUCUGUAAGUUCAAGCAAGAGUACUAGUUGAAAUGCUAUAGAGGGAGCUUAGUGAUAUCAUAAUAAACAACCACCAAUUGAUGUGUUAUGCAGAUAAUUAGACUCAAAACUUUUGGUGGCUUUGACAUUCCAUGGUUAAAUAACACACGAGACUGUCAGCACCAGUCCUGUGAAGAUGAAAGUAUUGAAGUUACAGCACAAAGAUUACCUGUGUCAUGUGAAACUCAUUGAUAGCCAGCCUUGAGAGGUAAGGCAAGUAGUAACAUGUUCCAACCUGUGUGACCUGGAAGAAUGGAUGCAUGUCAAGAGUCUGACAAGUUCAUUGUUGAUUGUCCAUGUUUUUUUUAUGUAUUAUCCUUCAAACAAAAAUCACUGACCAUGAUUUCUCAAA